AAUCGUGGGUUUGUAUCGAUUCGUAUGUGAAAUGACGAAUGUUUUUAUUGAUUGUUGUUUUUUGUAGGAAACUCCGCCUUUCACGCAUGGCGCCAUGGUUGGUUGGUCGUAAACAAGCUGUCCAUCACUUCUCUUCUUUUUUCGGUGUUUUACACCUUCUUCUUCCCUUUAUAACCCGAAUUCCCUAGUUCCCUUUUCCUACUUUUAUUACGACCGCACAAAGUAUUCGACAAGAAGAUGACUGCUCCAAGAACUAUCAUCAACAAACUCGGAGUGAUUUUAGACAAAUGCCAUCACGAUGCAUGGCGAUUAAAAGAUCCUUCCAAUUUGGCUGUGACUCGUAUACUCUUUGGGUUUCUUAUGGCUGUCGAUAUCCAUUUUGAGCGGGGCUUUGCUGAAGUUGACCACAGGUUUGGGGAUUUCACACAAUGCCAUUUCCCUUUAUUUGAUUUUGUCAAGCCACUCACAUUCCAAUGGAUGUGUCUGCUUUAUCUGCUGAUGUGGUUGGGGGCUUGUGGGAUAAUGGUGGGCUACAAUUUCAAGUUUAGCUGUCUCAGCUUUAUCCUACCUUACUGGUAUGUGCUGAUAUUGGACAAAACCUCGUGGAAUAAUCAUUCCUAUCUUUACGGCCUGCUGUCAAUACUCUUAUUCUUUUCUUCAGCCCAUCACUAUUGUUCAAUUGAUGCAUAUAUCAACUCAGAUAUCAGGAACAAACCUGUGCCAAAUUGGAACUACAUUCUAGUAAGAUUCCAAGUAUUCCUGCUCUAUUUUUAUGCUGGUGUCAAGAAGAUGGAUCCCGAGUGGCUUGGGGGCUACUCUAUGAGGAACCUUGGCAGACAUUGGGUUUUCACACCUUUCAAGAUCUUUUUGACUGAAGAAAAUAUCGAGUACUACAUGGUGCAUCUUGGUGGAUUCGUAUUGGACCUGACCGUUGGCUUUUGGCUUCUCUGGCCGAAAUCACGGCCCUUGGCUUUAUUUUUUGCCGCUUCAUUCCACUUGAUGAACUCGCAGCUUUUUACGAUAGGGAUGUUUCCUUACGUUUGCCUGGCCACGUUACCUGUUUUUUGUGAUGACGAUUGGCCUAAGCGGUGGAUCGCUAAAUGCCCCGGGCUGUUGCGCAGAUGUCUUCCAGAUACGACGAAGAUUGCCACCACUAGAGAAAACGGCGGCAAAUAUUCAGCUUUUAAAAUCACUUUGAUGGGUUUGUACGUCGUAACACAAUUGGUCCUUCCUUGGUCGCACUCUAUCACUCAGGGAUACAACAACUGGACCAACGGCUUGUACGGCUACUCGUGGGACAUGAUGGUACACGCAUGGGAGACGAUGCACGUCGUGGUCACGGUCAAAGACAAAACCACUGGACGAGUCAACUAUCUUGACACUGAGGUGUUUGUAAGGAACGACAAAUGGGUUGGCCAUGCAGACAUGGUUUAUCAGUACGCUCAUUGCGUCAAAGAUCGCCUCGAGGCAGUCAACAUGACAGAUGUGGCCAUUUACGUCGAUGUCUGGCGUUCUCUAAACGGCCGCUUCCAGCAGAGAUUGAUUGAUCCACGCGUCAAUUUACUGGAGGCCGAGUGGUCGCCUUUUCGUCCUACGCCCUGGCUGAUGCCUUUGCUUACCGAACUAUCAGCAUGGCGUCAGCAACUGACUCAGCUGGAACGUACCGUCUUCAAUUGGUCAGAUUCGUCCCGUGUUGCCUUCGUGGCCGAUUUCCCCGGACUGUCUAUGGACAAUUACGUGCCGGAAGGUGUGACGAAUGCGACCAUUCAAGUGCUGGAGGGCCAGGUGGAAUUAUCGAUCGAGAAUGGAACUCGAUCGUAUCUGCUGAAUGCCAACGACACGGCGUCUCUACCUUCGAGGGUCAUGCACAAAAUCACGACCACGUCAGCUGUUCCAGCGUGUUACAUGUACACUUUCAUCGGCCCUGCUGCCAGCACGGCCAGCGAAGAAACAUCCGGCAAGGCACGCGGCAACAAUGCCAAAAAAGAGACCUCCCAUCGGGACGUAUCUUUGAUGACACCCUUCGCCAAAUCUUUAGCUUUGGUUGGCCAGAGUAUACUCAAUCUGGUCUUUGGUAUUCCGCUCGUGAUGCAUAACAGCAAGUAACCAAAAAAAUUUCCUUUUUUUUUUUUUAUGUUUUUGCUUCGCUCUUUUAUCGAUCACUUCAAUCUGCACAACAAAUGGCAUAAAUUUGCCCCGCCCAUAUUGUCUGUGCCAUGUGUGAUUCCCCACUAAAAUUGAAUGUUUGUUUGGCGUCGUUGCAACUCGCAACGACAGAAUUAUGCUAAUUUUGUGGAAAAUGCCAAAAAAAAAAGCACAAGUCUAGUCGUUUCUCUCCAGUAUACCGAAGAGAGGUGUCGGUAAUACAUAAAUUAAGUU